AUGUGGAUGUUAUUUACAACACUAUGGAUUGUCAGCGUUCUGAACCUUACUGGCGGGUAUGAAUUCGAGGAGGACUACUACGAGGCCGUGGAGGAACCAGAGCUGGGCGGAGUGGGACAGAGCAGGCUGGAGGCGGUGUCCAGUGUGGACGAGCUCUUGGAGCUGAUGUACCCACAGUACGGCCUGAUGCAGCAUUGCUUGAGGAGGAAAGCGCUGAGCACACCCUACCCCGCCCGCCCCAGCGACGACCUCUGGAGGAGCCCCCGAGGGGCAGCACUCUACAAGACUGAUGGUGCCUUCGAAGCCAUUAUGGAGGAGAUCCAGCGCACCAUGUGCCGUCCCAGGGAGGUGUGUUUGGAGGUGUCUAAGGAGUUCCCCGAAAGCACCAGUCACUUCUACCUGCCCCGCUGUGUCUCUGUGCACCGCUGCGGGGGCUGCUGUAGUCAUGAGGCUCUCUACUGCACCAACACCAGCUACAGCCUGGUCAACAAGACUCUGGUGCAGCUGUCUCAGCCGCAAAUGGAGCGCACUGUUAUCAUGGCAACCUUUGUGAACCACACCGCCUGUGAGUGCCAGCAGAAGAGACCCCUGCAUUCUGUCAUCAGGAGGGCGGCCGCUGCCCACCACACCCUGUGUCCCUCGCCUGACGAGCCCUGCGAGGAGGGGUUCCUGUGGGACCCUGCGGGGUGCCAGUGCGUGCCAGUGGACGUGGGUCCCCUCUCUGCAGCCGAGUUGGACGCUGUGGAUGCUGCCCUGCUGGCCCUGUGCGGCCCCAACAAGGUGCUGGACGAGGAGCGGUGCGAGUGUGUGUGCCAAAACGGGUUGACGGAGGCCAGCUGCGGGCCAGGCUGGAGGCUGGACGUGGCAUCCUGCUCCUGUGUGUGCGAGGGCCAGCCCGUGCCAGGGGCCUGUCCCCCAAACCAGCGCUGGGACCCCGAGCUGUGUGGCUGUGUGUGCCGAGCCAGCUGUCCCCGCAGCCAGCCCCUGAACCCCGAAACCUGCCUGUGCCAGUGCCGAGAGAGCCCCCAGUCCUGCCUGCUGCAGGCCAAGAAGUUCAACCCCCAGACCUGCAGCUGUUACCGGCUGCCCUGCAGAACUCCACACAGGAAGUGUCCCCCGGGAUUCUACUACAGCCUCUCCGUCUGUCACUGCAUCCCCAACUACAUGAGGUCAGGGGAGUGGAACUGAGAGAGGCGCUAAGACGGGGGGACAGGCAGCACUAUUUAUUAACACAUCGGACCCACUUUUCUGGGGCAACAUUCAUUGUGCAUAUUGUCUAUUUAUACAGCUGAAUGUUUGCUGAUGCAGUUUAGGUUACAAACCUGCACGGAGGCACUACAACAUAGCCAAGCCACGGAUUUAAGCCUGCAACCUUUUGGAUUAUCCAAUCGUCGUCUCUACUGCAACAAUGAACUGUUUCCAAGACGUCCACAUGGCUGAUACGCCAAGGUGGAUAUGAACGUCAUCAAGGAAAAUGGACAUACAAAAAGAGUGUUGACCUCCGAAUGCUGGGGACAUAUGUUAAUCUAUCUGGGCUUGUCUGAGCUGCUUAGAUUUGGAGCAGAAAGCAGCUGCAUAUGAGACAUAAUGAGACAUAAUUGGCUCGCCAAGCUAAAGACCCAGGUCCCUGAUACCAAUUAUACUCUUUGUAGUGACUCUGGAGGGUGAUGUCAUUUCCUGUAAUGCAGCAAUAGCCUCUCGAGCUCCUGUGCCCAAGACCAUGGCUUUCUCACAAUGUCAGACUGAGAAGAGUGAAUUUACACUCACGACAGAGGCUGCAUGUAAGUGGUCUACAAAUACUUAAAAAAAAAAAAGCUAGAAACCUUUGUAAAGGUUAUACAUGCUGAACAACCCUGGUCAUCUAUUGUAAUCCUUUGCAAAUUAACCAAACACAGAAGCUUUGUAUGCAUGUAAAUGUCGCAUUUUAGUGGGGUAAAGUGCAGGACACAAAGUGCAUUUUUAUGAUGAUCCAACUGUGGGUCAAGGA